GUCAAAUUAGGAGAAGAGGGGGAGUCUGUAAUGAAACCAGAGAGAGAAAAGAAGUGUGGAGUCUCACAGGAACUACCACGAGACCUCCAAAAGGAAGAAAGGAAGAAGGGAAAGAAAAAGGUUUAAUUGAGGGGUUGAGGUUCUCACUGUUUACUAAUCAACAAACAACAUUCAGCUGUGAGAGAAGAUUUUUAAUCAUCUUCUUUUCACUUAUUGAGCAACAAAAGCCUUUACAAGAAACAUUUCAAGCGUUUUCCCUCUUUGAGAACAACUGAAAACAGCAGCGAUGUCGCCCUCUCUCCUCCAGGCCUACAGGAGGCGCUGGUGGAUGGCGGUGACAGCGGUGAUUGAAAACCUGCUGUGUUCGGCUGUGCUCCUCGGUUGGGGCUCCCUGCUCAUCAUGCUAAAAAGGGAAGGCUUCUACUCCCACCUGUGCACAGUGAAUGACUCCUUAGUCAUGUCUUUGGGGAACUCCUCGGGCAGUGAGCCGGAGGAGUGGGUCAGCUGCGUGGACCAGGAGGAGAUGCUGAAUCUGGGCUUCACCAUAGGCUCCUUCUUACUCAGUGCCACCACCCUGCCGCUCGGUAUCCUGAUGGACAAGUUUGGGCCACGUCCUUUACGCCUAGUGGGCAGCACCUGUUUCGGUCUGUCCUGUGUUAUGAUGGCCGUGUCUGCCUACGAUCCUAAUGUUCUGUCAGCGCUCAUCUUCUUGGCUCUGUCUCUGAACGGCUUUGGAGGCAUCUGCCUGACCUUCACCUCCCUCACGCUCCCCAACAUGUUUGGCGCUCUGAGCUCCACUGUCAUGUCUCUGAUGAUCGGCUCCUACGCUUCAUCGGCUGUCACCUUCCCUGGUGUCAAGCUGAUCUAUGAUGCAGGCGUGUCCUUCCAGGUGAUCAUGUGGGCGUGGGCAGGUCUUGCUGGGUCCGUCUGUUUGAACUGUUUCUUGAACUGGCCUGCAGAAGGCUUCCCAACACCUGAUGAGGUGGACUACAGUAAGAUCCUCACUACACUGAAAGACAUGCCUUCAUCGGACCAGAAGACUCUAGAAGAGAGCUUGAGACAGAAAAAUGGAGACGUCCGACACUCCACGGAGAAGCUUCCUAACGGUCAUGACGCUGCACCCAAUGCCGUUCCCUUCCGCCGGUCUGUGUUCUCUCCCAUCUUCCUGUGGAGUUUGGUUACAAUGGGGAUGACUCAGUUGAGGAUCAUCUUCUUCAUGGGGGCGAUGAACAAGAUGCUGGAGUUCAUGGUGACGCACGGCGAAGUGCAUCUAACCGAGCAGCUGGUGAUUGAGGCGGAAGAAAAAGUGAGUUUCUACUCUUCCAUCUUCGGCACGCUGCAGCUGCUGUGUCUGGUCACAUGUCCUCUGAUUGGAUACAUUAUGGACUGGAAGAUGAAGGACUGUGAAGAGGAGAAGGUUGCUCCCCCAGGCACAGAGCAAAGACCGACCAGUGGGUCCAAGAGAGACCGUAAGAUCCAGAAAGUGACCAACGCCAUGAGAGCCUUCAUCCUCACCAACCUGCUGCUUCUCGCUUUCGGAUGCUGCUGCCUCAUAGACAACCUGCCCCUACAGAUCUUGACCUUCAUCCUCCACACAAUGGUCCGAGGCUUCAUCCACUCCUGCUGCGGAGGCCUUUAUGCUGCUGUCUACCCAUCAAACCACUUCGGCACCCUGACAGGCCUCCAGUCCAUGAUCAGCGCUGUGGUCGCUCUGCUUCAGCAGCCGCUCUUCAUCGCCAUGGUCGGCCCAUUGAGCGGAGACCCCUACUGGAUCAACCUCGGCCUGCUGAUCUUCUCACUUGCUGGCUUCCUGUUGCCGGGUUACCUGUUCUACCACCGCACAUGCCUGCAGAGGGAAAAGGAGGCCAGAGACAGGCGGGCCGGCGGUCAGGAGUUGCAGGCGCUCAACCACACUGAGGCCAACGGCCACAAGCCGCACAGCAAUGGUCUCGCUGCUGUGGAGGCUUAGACAGCAUGACAGAGCCGAGGAUUGGGGGAAUGUAGGAUUUAUUUUUUGUAUGUGCCUUCAAAAGGAGCACCAGCAAUUAACUAAAAAAAACUAUGUAAAAAAACAAUAUAUAUAUACACACACACACACACACACACACACACACACACACACACAAACAUUUAUAUAUAUAUAUAUAUAUAUAUAUAUAUAUAUAUAUAUAUAUAGUAUAUAUAUUGCAUAUAUAUCAUUGUUUUGUUUUGUUUUUUGUUAUUUUUUUGGUCAUUACUGGUGCAAAUUUUGCUCCCCACAAACCGUAUCACAGAGCAUGCAGGACCCCACCCCCCACCCCACCCCCCACCCCCCAGGAGAAGAUGUGUCAUCAUCAUUUGUUUCUGUUUAUUUAUUUUUGGUCUAUAUCAAUGAACCAAAUUAGUGUGAUGUAAAGCCAUAGAUUUCACUCUCACAUGAACACGCACAGCCACAUGCACACAGCCUGGUGAAACCUCUGUGUGUCAGACUGCGGUAUAUCACGGUACUUGAAAUAAAUGAUAUAGUUUUCACAGCCUUCUGAUAACCAGCACAAUCCUUGCUAACACCAAAGAACAGCUUGAUGAGCGUUACACUUUCUAGUUCAGCAUUGUUUCAUGAGUGUGCUAAUGAAGCAAACAUUUAGUAUUUGGGCUGUUUCUACUCUGAUCCCCUCAGAAAAAGCUACAAAUAUAUAUCAGUACACUAUUAAGAGCAUCUGAACGUCUGAAUACCACACCUUUGGUACGUAUGAAGAAGGUUUUCUGGGUAUUUUCACUGCCCACACAGUUUUUCAAACACACAUACACGCACAGAUAUGCUGGUUGUAGAGACACAUAUCUACCUCCUCUGUUUCCUUGUUUUGUCUCUCUGCAACCGACUCUUAUGUCUGUCCAUCAUAUGUUUUUUUGUUUGUUUUUUUUUUUUACAUUAGGAAAUAUUAAAUCCCUUAAAUGUCAAACACCCCAAAUGACAAAUUGAAUCAUGCAGAAUUGUCUCCUUGUGUAUUCAUGUCAGUUAGAGGUAAUGCUGAUGCAGCCCUUGUACUUUUGGAAUUUUUAUAUGUAAGAAAAACAUUUUUUAAAUGAAAUUUCACAAGGCAAAAUAUGACUGAUGAAAAUUCUGACACACAGUGUGUGUCAGUGGUGUUAAACACUUUGUACUGCUUUAUGCACAGAAAUGAAUUAGUGUGUGUAUAAAAUAUGUAUUCAAGUGUCUUUUUAUACUCUAGCUGCAGUAGCAUUAAAAAGGGAAGCGUUUGUUAUUUUGUAGUGUGCUUAUCAUGAUUUACUGUGUCGUCUGCUUUUGCCUUUUCGCUUUUUUUUUGUUGUUCAUGUAUUGAUUUUGGAGCAAACAUACCUCCAGCAAAAUUGUAUUUUGUAAAUAGAACUGAGGUGUCUUUUUAUUUUAUUACAUAUUCUGCUUGCUUUACUAUAUAUGGGUGUAUACAGUAUAUUACAGUAUAUGAACCAAUGGCUGAGGAGUCAGUGGCUGCGGUUAAACUUGUCUUUUAAUGUGAUUUUUCUGCUUCAAUGCUCAAAAGUCACAAUAAAAAGACAGAUCUAGCUGUUGAUCCCCUUGUUUCAGCUAGCUGCACAUCAAAACAGAAAAGUGUACAUUUCUUCCAUAGUGACAACAAAAUGUAUCUGUGUCUAACAUGUUUGUUCUGCACACAGCAACAGUGUCUUGUAGAUUUAUGAAAUCAGUUGUAAUGUAUAAUUUUUUUUUUCUUUUUUGGCUCAGUCAAUUUCAGUGAGACAGCUUUAAGCUUCAAGACAGCUUUAGAAGACCUUUCCUAUCUUGUAGGAUGUAUUUCUUUUCUGCUUUCUAGUUACCAUGAUCAUUCACACUGAGGAUGACCGAGAUUCUGUGUUUUGUUUCAACUCUGUGCCUUCGUUGCCACCUUGGCUUCAUUGCAGUAGAAGUGAGUGUGAGAUUAAUGCCUCUGACAAAUGUCUUUCUCUGUAUACCAAAGCCAUGAUUAGAGACUGUAAAGCUAGUCAAUAGUACAGUACUUUUCCUCAGGAGGACAUACAGAGGCAAAAUAACACAAAUGCCUUAUGACAAAAUGCAUUAGUCCUGCAGUAAACACCAGUUUGGCCACAGUAUUAGGUUUUUAUCGAUUGUUGCAGGUGUUGAUUCAGCUUGGUGGUCAUUUUAAAGGCUGUAGUUUGUGUUCUUUAGUGUAAAAACUGUUAAAUGCAUUUCAUUGUGUUGGGAAGGGUUUCCAGUUCCAAUUACUUUCCUCUUUCCACAUUACAGUAUUUAAUUUUUGAAACUAUUAUACCAUCAGCAACAACUAUCUGACCUCUUUGUACCUCUGUAAGUUGCCUUAAAAGUCCCUGUUGAAGCUGACAAAUACUGCCAAAGGUCAUUCAACUUAAUGUCACUCCAUUGUGCUUAUGCCUUUGUAACUGAGAUUUACAGUAGUUGGUACCAAAAUUGUCAGUGUAUUAAGUUUAAUCAACACCUGACAGUCUCUACAACAAAAUAAACAUAAUUAGCUUUAGCUGUAUCUUAACACUAUAUCAUUUACACUGGCUUGUCUAAUCUUCUGUCCUUACCCUCAGAGUUGAGGUGCUUGUAUGUCUUGCUAAAUGUACGCCUUUCUUUCCUGCCUUCAAUCAAUAUAUCCAGCUUGUGCAUUUGAAAAAUAAAUGUAUGAAUGUAAAUGUAUGUUCUAAGUGGCAUUUUUUUCAAUCAUCCUUUUAAAGAGAGCAGCAAGGUGCCGCAGAGUCAGUUUGAUUGUCAUUGUUGCUGCAAGUGGAUCAUAUAGUCUAAGACAACCCAAAAACUCCAAAUUCAAAAAACAUGCCUUAAAAAGGAGAAACAAACAAAGUAUAAUAACCAACGUUUAUUUGAUUUUGGCAUUAUGGUCAAAAGAUAUCACAACAAAAUCAAAGAGGGACAUACAUACUGUGCCUGCUCAGUCAUCCACAAAACCACACAGCUUAUGAACAUCAGGUUUCUGCCUUUUACACUGCUCUGUAACAUGUCUUCCUGUCAUCACCCACAUCCACUGUGUCACUGCUCCUUUCACUCUCAUUCAUCACACAAUCACUUUCAUCCUUUGAUUCAUCCCCUCUGUCAUCAAAACAUACUCUCAAUAAUACAGUUAUCUGUAAAACAUACACACACACACACACACACACACACACACACACACACACACACACA